AUGGUUCAUGUGGAGAUCUGGCUAGGGGAAGGAGAGCGCACCCUGGGGGCUCGCUGGCAUCAGGGCAAAGUGCAGGUCUUCGACUCCUACAAGUUUGUUUCUUCUUCAUACAGUGAAAUGAAUUACCAGUUCAAAUCGAUUGAAACGUGGCUCCAAGGAAUCUGUGUAAGUCACUGCAGUCAACACAAGUGGGGUUUUCCAAAGCAGCUGCCAAGUCCAAAAUCCAUCUUCUACAAGGAGGAUGUGCAGGAACCCUCUGAAGAGGAGAUCGAACCAGAGGAGUCAAACAGUGAGCCGGGCAUCAUGCAGCUGAAACAUGGAGACCAAACAGAGCCAAGUGAAGCCAAGCCAGAGAAAGCUAAGGACUUACAGGAUUUUCCUGAGACUGGAUCAAAGGUUCACAGUGAGGGAGAGAUUAAUAUCAACUCCCCAAGCACAGAGAAGGGAGGGGGGUGCGCUUCACCAAAGGAGAGGGAGGUCCGUGCACUGGACAACCAAGCUCAGGAAACUUACCACCCAGAUGCCAAGCCAGAAAGCAAAAGAAGAAGAAGAAGAAGAAGAAGAAGGUGGAGUGCAGAGGUCAAGGGGAAGAGCAGGAGCAGCAGUGUGCUUCAGGACCAGCAGCUGAGGAAGGUCUUCAAGAGUAGCCUCUGCGGCAUCCCCCAAUUCAUUCCAAAAUUCACUGACAGGAGAACUUACAAUUUCCCAGCCCCAGACGGCCUCGUAAUCGAGUCUCCGGACUGUAGGGAAGCAGAAGGCCCCAGCAAAUUUAGCUUUAGAAGAAGCUCAGAGUCUGACAAAAAACAGGAGCCCAAAGGACCUGGGCCUUUCUUUUAUAUAGGAGAAGCAAACAGGAGCGCCCUGGUGGGUGCCUAUUGUUUAAGUAAAGGCUGGCAGCGCAUCAACAACAGGAACAGAGAGGAUUAUUAUCUGAAAUGGUGCAUGACCAAAUCCUAUGCCACGUACAGCAACUUUCACCAAGGUGAGCAGCUUGUUUACCAAAUCCCCAAUAACAAGGUCCUGACCACCAAGAUAGGCCUCCUGAGCAGCCUGAGGGAGUAUGAACGGGUUGUCACCAAGGUCCAGCAGGGCAGAGCUUCAAAGCUAUUAAAACUGGAAGAUUUAUUCCCUGACACAUUCCACAUGGAUGUAAAGGAAGAAAGGGAAGCUUUCUUUGCACUGUAUGAAGAGAGACAGGUAUGGAUUUGUAAGCCCACAGGUCUGAAUCAAGGUCGCGGGAUCUUCCUACCGAAGACACCUGAAGAUAUGGAAAACUUUCUCUCCAGGCUGCAGAACAUUGAAGAGAACCCACUUUACAGAAAGAUACCUUUCAAAUCGCCUCAGGCUAGAAUAGUACAAAGGUAUGUUCAAAACCCUCUGCUCCUAGAAGGAAAGAAGUUUGACAUCCGUUCCUACUUCCUUAUUGCCAGCACGGUGCCUUACAUGGUAUUUUUCCGCCAUGGUUACGUCAGAUUGACCUGUGAAUCCUAUGACCCCAACUCCAAUGACCUCACAGCACACUUAACCAAUCAGUACAUGCAGAAGAAGAAUCCGCUCUAUAAUGAGCUGAAGGAAGAGACAGUCUGGUCCAUGGAGCGCUUCAACGACUAUGUUAAUGAGAAGUCUAGAGCUGCCAAAGGGCUCCCUGAGGACUGGGUCUACACUGUUUUUACAAAGCGAAUGCAGCAGGUUGUGAUGCAGAGCUUCCUCACAGUCAAAUCCAAACUGGAGUGAAAACUGGGCUACUUCGACCUCAUUGGCUGCGACUUUUUGAUUGAUGAAGACUUUAAGGUAUGGCUCCUGGAGAUGAACACUAACUGUGAGGUUCUGAAGGAGGUCAUUCCCAGUGUUGUCAGUGAAACCUUAGAUCUAGCCUUUGAGAUUUUUAACAAGCUCCGGAAAGGUCAAACUAUCAUGCCCUUGGGUGCUCAGAAGGACUUUAACUUGUUGUACAGCGGGGAACUCAACGACAUCCUUGUGAAGCCAAUGAGAACCAGAGCAGCUGGGGCGAACUUUCAAACAGCAACGCGGCCCAAGAGCGCGGCUCCACCCCCUCCCAAACCAUCCGAGAAAAAGCAGAGGCAGGCAGGACCUUUCACAGCCAAGGUGUCCAUCAGUGCAGCGAGCCAGCCUCUUCAAAGACCAGCACAGGGGGAGGGCACAGAGACACCGAACAACCCAUCUCCAAGCUCAGUUAAGCCAAAAAACAAGACGGAAUUAAAGCAAAGCAAAAGCACCUUAUCCUAUAGGAAUGACCUCAGUUCAUUGGAUCUCGGAAAUCUUACUUCCCCAAUUUUAGGCACAGAGAAAGCGAAAGACGCCACUGUUUCGAUGCCAGUCUUGUCAGAAAGGUCUUUCACCUCUUCACGCCCACGAUCUUUUUCCACGGAAAAGUCUCCUGCGUCCAACAGCAGGAGCUAUGGUUACUUUGGGUUAGGCAGCGCCCAGGUUACAGCAGUAAAACUCCAGCCCAGGGUUCCUGCAGCAAAGAUUUUGAACAAAGAGGAGAUAAUGGCAGCUGACCCUGCAGAAGACCACCAAAGGUCUUCAGAGGAAGAUCCCAAACCAGGAAAGGAAGUGCCCAACCGAGGGGCUUGAUCUUCCUUACUGAGGGCCGAAGGAAUCUGUGCAACAAAUUGGUCACUUUGUUUCAGAUGUGAUUUAAUUAUACAAUAUA